AUGCUUCCUCUGAUUGCUGUCCCAACAACAGCAGGGACUGGCAGCGAAACUACAGGUGCUGCCAUAAUGGAUCUUCCUAAACACGAGUGCAAAUCUGGUAUUCGACAGCGAUGCAUCAAGCCAUUAUUGGCUAUUGUUCAAGUGGUUGAAGAGUUUUUACUUGCAAUCAAGAUGGAUAAUUACAGUAUGCCGCGCAAUGUAGCCAUUUAUUCGGGCUUCGAUGUUUUAUGUCAUGCACUGGAAAGCUACACAGCCCUUCCCUAUAAUGUGCGGACUCCCCGACCUUCUCGUCCGGAUCUUCGGCCACUGUAUCAAGGUUCAAAUCCUAUUAGUGACGUCUGGAGUUUAGAAGCCUUAAGAAUUAUCGGGAAGUAUUUCCGUCGUAGUGUUGCCGAUAAUUCCGACGAAGAAGCUAGGCAAAACAUGCUACUAGCCAGCACAUUUGCUGGGAUUAUCGGGAAGUAUUUCCGUCGUAGUGUUGCCGAUAGUUCCGACGAAGAAGCUAGGCAAAACAUGCUACUAGCCAGCACAUUUGCUGGGGUAGGAUUUGGAAAUGCAGGAGUACAUCUGUGCCAUGGUUUAAGCUACCCAAUAAGCUCCCAAGGAAAGCUUUAUUACGAUAAGGAUUAUCCAGAUACGAAACCUCUCAUACCCCAUGGAUUGUCUGUCGUAACCACAGCAGUAGCCGAUUUUGAGUUCCUCGCAUCUUCUUGCCCAGAGAGGCAUGCGCAGGUUGCAAUGCAAUUAGGAGCAGACGUAUCGGAAAGCUCCAACAGCAGCUAUAUUGCGAGCAAACUUUGUGAUGAGAUUCGCAGCUUUAUGCAGGAUUUUAAAGUGCCAAAUGGACUAGAGGCAAUGGGAUUUCAAUUUUCUGACAUUGACAAGUUAUCAACUGCUGCUGUGAACUCCGUCGUUAACAUUGCAAUAACACCAAAAUCCACAGAUCGUGAAAUUAUAUCUAAAAUCUAUGAAAAGUCUCUCAAAGACUUUGUGAUAAAGUAGUU